AUGACUUCUCUUUCCGAAUCCAACUCUUCUAGCACGGACUCGGCGCUCGGUGGCAACAACCGCUGGCUCUUCAAUGCCAAUGGCCAGCUUGUUGAUGUCAACUCAGAUGCCGGUGCAGCCGGUUGGGACUUGGCGGACGAGAUUGUUCGGCUGAACAUUGGUGACGUCGCUGGGGAAUCGGGAGAUGAUGCACCCAUUCGGACACCCCCAAAGUCCAAAUUAUCCAACACGCUUGUGCAAUUGACGGAAACAAGUCCCUUGGAGACUUCUUCUGCUGACAGCCUCGGCUCUUCUCCUCCCUCUUCCGAGCAUCAGAUCACCAUCUCUCACUCACGAGGGUCGUCAACGGACACUACAGAGUCUAGCUCCCAGGAGUCUGCACUUUCCGCUGCCAGCAACACUAUGCUUUCUCAUUCUCCUCUCAAUAACGGACCACCGAGUGAAUUGAAAGAGCGUCCGCAUUCAUUCAGCGGCGGCCUGUCGAGCGCAGAUUUGCGUCGUCUUCAGCAUGCCGGAGAAGGCCCUGGUUUAGACGUAGUAGACGGUCAACUGCAGCAGCAGUGGCCUCAGUAUCGGGAGUCCGGACCUGCUGGAGAGCAGCUCUCGUACCCUUCACUAGCGAAUAACACCGUCUCUGUUCACCGUCCCCAGGUACAACCUCAUCCGCCACUUUUUGACUAUCGAUCAGCCUCCCAGUCAGUCAUUCCCGGCAGAGAUGAUCUUCAGAUUGACUACAAUCUUCAGCAACGUAACUUCAGCCCUCUUUCGCACACGAGCAUGGGUACCACCGCCCCUGGUGCUGCACCCUCAUAUGUGCAGAACAGACCUAACAACGCCGUCCCCAUUCAGUAUCGUCAGCCUCCGCGCGGAUAUCCCCAGCAACAGGGCCUCAUUCCAAGCCCUCCAGGCAUGCCAUACCCCAGUCAUACCGCUCACAUGUCGCUGGGUAACUCGCAACAGCUUUAUGACAUGAUGUUGACGGGUCCUCCUCAAGACCAUCCUGCGGUAUCUAGAGUCCAACAACAGCAUAACAUUUUCCGAGGCGCGCAUCAUCACUCGGCCUCUGACCCGUCGGCACUUCGAGAUCCAUCGCAACUGCCCUUGAUGGGCGGUAACAUGCAGCCUUACGCCCCGGGCUUGUUCCCACCAGGCAUGGGCGCGCCUCCACCUGCGAUGGCUUUGUAUCCUAAUCAGUUCUAUGGACAAGAUACAUAUGCCCGGCAGGACGCCCAAGUCAUGGCAAGAUUACAGCCACAAUAUACUGGUCCUUAUGGAAUUAUCCCGCCGCAAAUGGACAGUGGUCUUCACAGUCCGAGUAGUGCCACCAGCGGGGGCCAGAAUGGUCCUAGCGCUAACAAUAGAAAGCUGGGUCUCUACAAGACGGAGCUCUGCCGCAGUUGGGAGGAGAAAGGGACGUGUCGAUACGGCGCCAAGUGCCAGUUUGCUCAUGGUGAGGAAGAGCUGAGAAAGGUAUCACGGCAUCCGAAGUAUAAAACCGAAAUCUGCAGGACCUUCUGGGUUUCUGGCUCAUGUCCGUACGGUAAACGAUGCUGCUUCAUCCAUACCGAACUUCCAACAUCUGGCGGCGCCGCUGUUCCUGGUGCCACUCCGGAGAACGCUCCUCCCUCAGCACGCCCCGAUGGUCGUGCCCGCUCAAUGAGCACUAACAGUGAUCCAGCAGAGCCUGUGUCUCUUCUUGCUCGUAUCUCUGCCAAACGUAAUCAAGAACCACCAACGAACAGCUCUACUCCCAUUGACGUUAGCUCUACUAAUGGUUACCAAUUUACGCGCCCGCCGACGGGUUCCCUCAGGGUCGACACUGCACUGGAUGCAUCCACGAUCAAGCAGAACAAGUCCGCUUAUCCGGCAUUUGCGAGUAACGGUGUCCUUCUACCCAGUGCUGAUCAUAACAGAGGUGCCAAGUCGCCCGCACCUGUGACUGCUGGUCCGGACCUCGGCAGACACAAUAAUGCACGGAUCGAGAUAGUGGGUUACAAUCAGCGCAUCAAUCAGAACGGUACACCCCCUACCAAUGCUAGUGUUCGACAUUCGUUCAAUGGCAGCGAGGACGCUUCUUUCACACCGUCCCAGCCUGUUCCUGGACAUUCGUAUACUCUAUCAUCCGGUGAUAAUACAGUGCCUUCAUCCCAACAGCCAUCGCGAGGAAAUGGUCACGUUCGGGCAGGCAGCGCGGGUAAUUGGGGAAGCUUCGCUCGGAGCAACCACUUGUCGUCGGCGUCGUACUCACACGCGCCUACAGCGGCUGGUGAAGCGUCGAUCAAUUCGCCCUGGUCAACAACGGAGCUAACGAUGGGUACAUCCAGACUUCACGAGAAAGCUUGGGCUUGA